AUGACCCUCUCCGGCAGCGGCAGCGCCAGCGAUAUGUCCGGCCAGACGGUGCUGACGGCCGAGGACGUGGACAUCGAUGUGGUGGGCGAGGGCGACGACGGGCUGGAGGAGAAGGACAGCGACGCGGGUUGCGACAGCCCCGCGGGGCCUCCGGACCUGCGCCUGGACGAGGCGGACGAAGGGCUACCGGCGAGCGCUCAUCACGGCCAGUCUCAACCUCAAGCCCUGGCACUGCCCUCCGAGGCGACCGGGCCGGGGAACGACACGGGAGCGCCGGAGGCCGACGGCUGCAAGGGCGGCGAGGACGCGGUGACAGGCGGUGGUGGGCGCGCUGGCGGCGGGGCGACGGGAGGUCUGACCCCGAACAAGCCCAAGAACAGCCUGGUGAAGCCACCCUACUCUUACAUCGCGCUCAUCACCAUGGCCAUCCUGCAGAGCCCGCAGAAGAAGCUGACCCUGAGCGGCAUCUGCGAGUUCAUCAGCAACCGCUUCCCGUACUACCGGGAGAAGUUCCCCGCCUGGCAGAACAGCAUCCGCCACAACCUGUCGCUCAACGACUGCUUCGUCAAGAUCCCCCGCGAGCCGGGCAACCCGGGCAAGGGUAACUACUGGACCCUGGACCCCCAGUCCGAGGACAUGUUCGACAACGGCAGCUUCCUGCGGCGCCGGAAGCGCUUCAAGCGCCACCAGCAGGAGCACCUGCGCGAGCAGACGGCGCUGAUGAUGCAGAGCUUCGGAGCCUACAGCCUGGCUGCGGCGGCGAGCGCAGGACCCUACGGCCGCCCCUACGGCCUGCACCCCGCGGCGGCGGCGGGCGCCUACUCGCAUCCCGCGGCGGCGGCGGCGGCGGCGGCUGCCGCGGCGCUCCAGUACCCGUACGCGCUGCCUCCCGUGGCGCCCGUGCUGCCGCCCGCCGUGCCCCUGUUGCCCUCGGGCGAGCUGGGCCGCAAAGCGGCCGCCUUCGGCUCGCAGCUCGGUCCGAGCCUUCAGCUCCAGCUCAACACCCUGGGCGCCGCCGCGGCAGCCGCGGGCACGGCGGGCGCGGCGGGCACCACGUCGCUCAUCAAGUCCGAGCCCAGUGCGCGGCCGUCGUUCAGCAUUGAGAACAUCAUAGGCGCGGGACCCGCGGCGCCCGGGAGCUCGGCUGGGGGUGGCGGGAGCGCGGGCGGGGCCGGGGGUGGCGGGGGCAGUGGGGGCGGCGGCAGCGCCCAGUCCUUCCUGCGGCCGCCCGGGACUGUGCAGUCGGCUGCGCUCAUGGCCACGCACCAGCCCCUGUCGCUGAGCCGGACGACUGCCACCAUCGCGCCCAUUCUGAGCGUGCCGCUGUCCGGACAGUUCCUGCAACCCGCAGCCUCAGCCGCAGCCGCUGCGGCAGCCGCAGUGCAAGCCAAGUGGCCCGCGCAAUAG